UCCCACCUUGGGCCCCUUAAAACUAGCAAAAUCACAUCAAAACUAAGGCUAGUCCCCCCCUCCCCCCACUUUCUCCUUCUUCCUCUUCUUCUUCUGCAAGAGCUUCGACACUACACAGCUGCUCCCCGCUGCGCGUCAAGGGGAGCAACGCCAGCCCAGAAGCGCCCACAAUGUCGGCGAAGUCUCCGAUCUUCCCCAUUCCGGAGACACAGCACUUCAGCGACUAUGGCUUCGACCCUCAGCUCGACUUUUUCCAGGUUCUGGGCGAAGCGAGGAGGCACAAGCGAGACGCGGCCGCCGUGAGGCCCACCGAUUCCGUCCACUUCAAGCUCCAGAAGCCCAUCUCCAAGGACGACCACCCGCACCACCACCACCACCACAAAACCAAGAGGCCUUCCUCCUCCUCCUCCUCCUCGUCCCUCCACAAGUUCAAGAACAAGACCCGGUGGUGGAGGAACGCGCUCCUCUUCUUCAAGCGGUGGGCCCACCACAACCACCACCAGCAGCGGGACCGCAUCGAGGACCCGCACGGCGCCGGGUGCAGGCCCCGCUCCUUCCAGGGCUCCGCGUCCGGGCCCGUGUACCUGGCCGAGAGCAGGACCUCGGCCCCGGGGACGCCGUACCGGACGGCGAGCAGGCCGUCGUCGGGGCCGCUCGCCGGGACGCUGACGCCGGCGAGGAAGGGGGACGUGGAGGUGCCGUACGUGAGCCUCAGGGAUCUCAACAUGGAGGAGCCGCCGCCGCCGCGGAGGACCUCCACCUCCUCCCCCAUCCCCAUUUACCUGGUCACUUGAGCGCGCUCUCGUUCGUCCCCGACUUUAAUUCAUUCCCUUGAAAAGGCGUGCGAUCCAUGGGGAGGAUUGCUUUGAUCCUCCCUUUUCGUGUCUGCUGCCGACUCUUUUCGCUUUUCUUUUUUUCACUCCUUUUUAGAACAGUGAAAUUGGCGAGCUCUCGUGCGUUGACCCGGUCAGCACGCUCCACCCUCUCUCUCUCUCUCUCUUCACUUCGAGAUUGAAUGAAUGCGCAAAAUCUUGACGUUUCCUCUUC